AUGGCUCACCAUGGCCAUCGACAUGAUCACAUCGGCAGGUUCAGCCGAGCAAGGCAACACCUGCAUGACAAUGACCAAGAUACCAGACUGCUCUCCAACAAUGGAGAAGACAUCGCCCCUCACACAAUCCUCGAAUCGCAUAUUCUUCGAGACGACACCAACUGUCAGGACCCCUGUGUGUCAGUAGAGAAUCGCCCCCAAUCUGGGGAGACCCCCGACAGCAGUCCUGGCAGUUCCAAUGCCUUGCCGAAGCGCCAAGAACCCGAGAUCGCUAUCGUAACCGUGGUCGAGACGGUUGUGCAAAUGCUCGACUCGAACCUCAAAACACUUCCGGAAUCGGCUAGCGUCAGUCUCUCCUUGACUCUUUCUGAGUCUGCGUUGGAAAUCCGUUCACUGGGAGAUUCGACUGCGACGCUCACGACGGAUCCAGCCUCUUCGACGGCUUCCACUGGGUCCCUGACUGUCACCGCCUCGUUAUCGAGUACGAAGCAAUCCGCUACCUCGGUGCCGUCCAGGCCAUCCUCGGCCGCAGUGAGCCCGGCGCUGCGGUCCUCGUCGCGCCAUGUUCCGUCGCCAGCUACGACUAUCACUCCGGGGUCCAAACCAACCUCCGCCUUCAAGGUGGGCAGCAUCAUUCCAACCUCGCUUCAUUCCAACUCGACCACUUUGGCCAUCAACACCUCCGUAUCGUUGCUUGCUCCCAUCUCGACUGCCGAUGCGUCUCCCUCUGAAGAUCCCGGAUCGGCCACCAGCCCCAGCAAUUCUGCACCCACUUCUGAUCAGACGCAUUCGCCCACUCCGGAAUCAGGCAUCGACCCAACCACUUCCAAGAUCGUAGGCGGGGUUGUAGGUAGCGUCGCGGGGCUUGCUAUGAUCUUCAUCGUUCUGUUCUAUCUGUUUCGUCGUCGAAAGAUGAUGUUCAAGCAGAGGAAUUCGGCAGCGCUGCCCCUCCCGUCAGAUGACGGUGGCACCACUCGUCAAAUGUCGACCAUCUCAAGUAACGAGCCUCUCUUCUCAGCAUCGUAUCUGUCACCCGCAUUCGCCAAGCGGUGGCGUCAUUCCACCAUGACGGUCCGAUCCGAUAGCACUGUCUCUUCCUCGACUCCUAGUGAGCGUGGGUUUCAGAAGAUCUCUGGCCGUAAGAUCCCUCCGGUGCUCGCUCACGGAGGCGAUGGCUACGGGGGGACUGGCGACGAGAGUUCCCCCACCUACCCUGGAUUAUCGCCCGUGUCGCCUGGAGGCGCUUCGGCGAUGGGCAGUGCGUUAACUUCGCCGCUGUCGCAGGCACCACCUCCCACCCUGCCUCAUGGGAUGGUCCUGGACACCAACUACACACGGGAGGCCGAGGAGGGUCUUGAGUCACCCAUUCGAUCUUCGCCGGUGCAUCUCCCCAUCUCCAGCGCGGUCAGUGUUGCGUCGCCCACAACGGUCACUCCGACAAGCCCCAUCGCUCAACCGCAAUCGGCGAUUGCAGUGAUCCCUCGGCGACCCGACGGGCUCGGUCGAAGCUUUCCUAGCUACGAUGGGAGUCGUAGUAGCCGCUUCACCGAGAGUAUUGACUGA